GAACCAACAUUAUCACCAGGAAGUGAAGGGCGGUGGUUGAGAAGCAGCAGCAACGGGCUUUAGCUGAUUAGUUUCGGGUCGUCGUAAGGAAUAUAAACACACAAUCAAGAUGUCGAGCAAAAGAGCAAAGGGAAAGACCACGAAGAAGCGCCCCCAGCGCGCCACCUCCAAUGUCUUCGCCAUGUUCGACCAGUCUCAGAUCCAGGAGUUCAAGGAGGCGUUCAACAUGAUCGACCAGAACCGAGACGGCUUCGUCGACAAAGAGGACCUCCACGACAUGCUGGCCUCGCUCGGCAAAAAUCCAACUGAUGAGUACCUGGAGGCCAUGAUGAUGGAGGCUCCGGGUCCCAUCAACUUCACCAUGUUCCUCACCAUGUUCGGAGAGAAACUCAACGGCACAGACCCCGAAGAUGUGAUCCGAAAUGCGUUCGCUUGCUUCGAUGAGGAGGGGACAGGUUUCAUCCAGGAAGAUUACCUCAGAGACCUGCUCACGACGAUGGGCGACCGCUUUACAGACGAGGAGGUGGACGAGCUUUUCAGGGAGGCUCCCAUCGACAAGAAGAGCAACUUCAACUACGUGGAGUUCACGCGCAUCCUAAAGCACGGAGCCAAGGAUAAGGACGAUUAAAAAGAGAGCCAUCACCAGCAUAUUCCUCCUCUUCUUACUAUUCUCUGUGCUGCAUGUCUCAACUCUCUCUCUCCAGUUUAAAUCCAGUUUAUAUAAAGAAAACCAAAGCAAUAACUUACCUGCUGUAUUUGUCAGAACUUCAAAUACUGUCAGAUUUUACACGAGCUCUAAUCAGAAGAAGUUUUAAACGGUUGUCAGAUGUGUUUUCUUCUUUCUCUCUCUGUCAUGUAAAGAUGUGAAGCAGCAGCAGCAGCAUAUUAUUAUUAUUAUUGGAGGCUCUUAAGGGAUUACAUUAACGUCUUUGCUUAUUAUCAUCAUGAUCGGAUUCAUCCUGAAUUUUUACAGUUUUUAUAAUAUAAACUUUUUAAAAAAUAAAAGCCCUCUAUCAAGUUGUAGUUUGCUGACUUGUUUUCCCCCCUUGACUUGGCAUAAAUGACAACUGAAAUAAG